CGCGGCGGGUUGCGCGGCCGCGCAGCGGCGCCGCCGAUGCUGUCGGUGCCGGUGGCGGUGCCGGGGGCGGUGGCGGGCGCGGGGGCGGUGCGGGGAGCGGGCUCCCUGCCCCGCCGGCGCACCAUGUGCAGCGGCGUCGGCUGCUUCUGGGCGCUGCUCUCCGCCGGCCUCCUGGCCGCCUGCGCCGCCGCUUUCCUCUCCCCGGCCUGGCUCCUGCCGCCCGGCCGAGCCGCCGCCGGCUUCGGUUUGCUCUGGCGCUGCGCCGGGCCGCCCCGCGGCUGCCACGGCUCCGCCGGCCCCGGCGGCUUCGGAGACAUCCCCUCCGGUUCCUGGCAGACGAGCGCCGUGCUGUGUGCGGGUGGCUGUGUCCUGCUGGCCCUCAGCUCGCUGCUGGCCAUCGUCGCUGUCCUGCUGCCCGGCGGAGCCUGCGAGAGGCGAGUCUGCACCCUGGCUGGCUACAUGCAGACAGCGGCAGUGUUCAUAAUGGCUUCUGGGCUUUUGGUUUACCCUUUUGGUUUCAACUCUGCUACUGUGAAGAGAUUCUGUGAGAAUUCAGACAUCUACUAUGCAGGAGACUGCCAGAUUGGCUGGGGGUAUAUGCUGGCAAUUGUUGGGGUCAUGUUGUCUGUCUUUUUACCAUUCUUUGCAAAAUAUGCACCUAAAGAGCACAUAUCUCCAACUCCAAUACCUACUAUUUUAUAGUAUUUUAUUACUGUUUAAGAACAGAACAUUCCUGUCUACAUGCAAUGGGCAGAAAUUAUUAUAGCACUUCCAUUUAGCUGUAUUGCUAAGGAGAAAAAAAGGAGAUGGGGAAGAGAAGGUCAGAUUCACAAAGACCAAAAGUGCAUUGAUAGUCUUCCGUAGCAUGAGCAGAGAACACUCUGGAAUUGAAGUAAGACUAAUCAGCAGCCUUUAUACUGCUCUAAACAUACAGUGGCAUAAUGCCUUAGACAAAAAAAAUCUGUUUAUCCUCAAAACAUCUGUCUACCUCCCAGUUUCUUUUGUGUCUCAAAAUCCUAAAUCUUUUAAAACCUUCAAUCCACUUUUUAUAUAUUAUUAGAUGUCAAAACUUUUAUGAACCCAAUAAUUUAAAAAUCAAUAAUGAUAUUUUGUUACAAUUAUUUUGAUUAGUGAAGAAGCACCUACUAGUAGCCACGACCUAAAAUUAAGCUUGAUCUCUAAAAAGAAUUGUAUACAAGAAAAAAGUUUCUUUUUAAUCUGUAUGUACUUGUACCUGCAUAUUGUAAGUUGUCGGCACACUUUUUAAUACUGAUUUAAUCUUCAAGAUUUAGAGUCAUCUUCAUGAAAACUUGCAUAACAUUUAAUUACUUUUUUUCAGAGAGAGAAAUAUCUAACUACUUCCAAAGGCAUCAGGAUGAUUUAAGAGUUUAACAAUAUGAAAAAAAAUGCUAAGAAUUUGUUUUCAGUAUUUCUUAAGUUAUAAUUUUAGGUGGACUUUUACAAAAUUAUUUGAACUAUGACAACUGUGGAUUUGGGGUUUUGUUGUUUGUUUUUUAAGGUCGAAAUGAAAAAUCUCUGUUUACACAAAGGUAUAUGCCCGAUGGCCCUUGUAAGUAGUGAUAAUGCAAGUAAGAAUGAACUAGAUUCUAAUAUUUUCAUUACUAUUAAAAGCCCAUUAUUGUAAAAAAAAGAAAAAAAGUGAAGUACUACUGAACACAACUAAUAAGAAUCUGAUGCUGUGUCAGAACCAGCAAAUGGCCAUAUUUCAUGGGUUUGUAUGUGAAAUUUGUGAAGUCUGAUUUCCACAAUAGCACUGAAUUCAUUACUAUCAAGCAUUGAAAUAAGUGCACUUGAUUGCCUUAAGCAAAAGAAACAUUGGGUUCUAAUCUCACCCCACUAUUAUGUUUUUCAUAUAAAAUAAAAAUUGAAUUCUAAUUCUAUUCUCAUCUUUUAUUUUCUAUUAUUUAUUUUAAAAAGAAAUAAUCACAUAGAUUAUAUUUAAUUCAGAGCUGUACUUCUUAGUUUUAUAUUUUGGCAUAAACCAGGUGAUCAAAUUUAUUAUUCUUCACUUAGCUGAGUCCAACCAAUUCCUGAAUUGUUAAUUGUUUUUAAUGGAAAGUAUACAUGAAGGGACAGAGACAUGUUGAGGAUGUAUAAGAAAAUGCAAACAGAUAGAACAAUCACUGUGUUAUUUUAAUAAAUGUCAAAGACUUCUGCAGUCUUGUUUACAUGCCUCACCCUUCUAAACUCAAUGGAACGUUUCAUCAAAAUAAUUGUCCAUUGUUACAUUUUCAUGCACUCUGACAACAAAUUCUGUACAUAAACUUAGCACGUUCCAUUACUAAUUUUUGAAAAUGCAGAUUCCAGUGUAGAAUUAAGUACACUGAGAGAGAGAGCAUGCGCAUGCUAUGCGUUUUUGCUCAGAGUGACUAAGGAAUUAAAUCUUCCAAAUAUUUAAUAAAAUAGGUUGAAGGAAUGCCUCUAAAGUAAGAAGAAUAAAUUUCAGUCACUUCUGUACAGUAACAUACUUUUCAGUAAUGUCUUACACUUUUUUUAAUGAAUGGCUGAAAUUGGUAAUUUUCAUAUAAGUCAGAGAAGCAAGGAAUAACAAACAUGUAAAAAGAAAACCAUCACUGCAAAGCAAAAAGACAGAGAUGCAGGCUUUUCUUUCCUAACCAACCUGUGCCUUUACACUAGAACCAUUAUACAAGACAGGAUCAAUAUGGUUAAAAAAAAACCCAACAGAACAAAACAAGCAACAACUGAAAAAUGUUGAGUAAUGUGUAUAAACUGUAUUACGUAGGGUUUUUUCUGUUUUGUGUAACAUUUACGACUGUUCACUUAAUGUUUCACUAGAAAAAGUGAUUUGUUAGUGUAAAGUAGAAAACUUUUUUUGCAAAGAUCUGAACACUUACUGAAAGUAAAAUUAUUUUAGAUUUUUAUUAACAACCAUACCAUACCUAGUAGACACAAAUGACCUAUUCCUGUCAUUACUUAUUAACGUGACUUUCACAUAGGCAGAACUGGAGCCAUCAGCUGCAAUCAGGAGGACUACAACAUUUGUGUGCCAUUGACUACACGCACAGAUGUUUGCAGGUCUGGUCCCAUAGCUGAAGCUUCCUUUGUAGUUUUAACUUACUGUUACAAUGGAGUCUUACAAUUUACAACACUGCUGUACCAAACCCUUUACUUAAAAGUCAACUUCUUCCGUUGUGAACAUCAUCAAGCUCUGUAAUAUUCUGCACCUCUUAUAAGUUAAGCUAAUGCUUCCAUUUGGAACCUUCUUUGAUAUUUUAUAAUAUAUAAAGGAAAUCAAAUAUAUGUAUAUGACCUCUACAACUGGAUAGAUGAAAUUCUCCAUGAAACCUCCACACUUAGAACCAGCUUAGCAGAGAAGGUAGAGAUGAUAAUGCAAGUGAUUCUUGCAACAGUUAGUAAAGCAUAUACUUUAGAUCCUCAGUUGGAACAUUAAGGGGGGUGUUGGUAACAAUACAUGUGCUAACACUGACAGAUCACUUUUUUAAAUAAAGACUGUCUGCGCGUUAAA